AUGAGAUCAAUGCCUAACAACUCACACAACCACCACAACAGACCUGCAAACGGUCCUCACAACCAGAACGAGCCUCGUGACGGAUACAAUCAGAAAGAGAAUGGAGUGCCUGUGCCUGGUGCGGGUGGCUUCAAUAGAAACGGCAUGAUGUCUGGCCCACCCAUGUUCGACCUGGCGAGGAGUCCUCCUGGAGGGCCAAACAAGAAUACGAAGCACGUACCAUGCAAAUUCUUCAGACAAGGCACAUGCCAGGCUGGCACUGCUUGCCCUUUCUCGCAUUCUCUCGAUCCUUCAACGCACCAAGCCCCGUGCAAAUACUUCUCCAAGGGCAAUUGCAAAUUCGGUGCCAAGUGCGCUCUGGCUCACUAUCUGCCAGAUGGUCGCCGGGUCAAUCGGACUGAUAUCGACAAUGCCAUGAUACCUGGCAGGGGCUACAAUUAUGCUCGACAAGAAGCGAUGCAGUAUCGAAAUCCAGAAAUGCCUAUGGAUUCUCGAGCUCCCCAACAAUACUCGAACGACUACUUCGGUGGUCCAUUCUUUGACACAGACGAGCAAGAGCCUUACCCUGUCGAGCGGUACAACCGACCGUACCAGCCAGGGGACUCGGCCCUGAACUCGCCUCCAACGUCCCAAUUUGGUUCGCCGCCCAACGAGCUACAGUUCCCCAAGUCGCCGAUGGACCAUGUACGGACUGCACUGAACGUGCCAAUGCCCAAGUCUUUCGACCCAAAUGAACCUUCUCAUGCUGCAAACUCUGGGCCUUGGAGCUCAUCCGCACCUAUCAACUAUCUACCUCCGUUCUCUUCUCCGAGCGCUACAUCUUCUAUGGGGAGGCGUCUUGCGAGUCCACCCGACAAUGCCUCGUACCGCAAUAUCACGCCAAGCUCGAAUAUCAAAACAUCGUCACCUCUCGGCGCGAGUCCCCAGAACCAAGACCAGUCGAUUGAUCGGAUUAUGAACUCGACCUUGAAGGCAUCCAAACCAAGAGGCAUCUCGGCUAGCGUCCCACGUCCAGGUUUACAUCCCGGCCUAGGCGAUGAUCUCGGCGUGGAGACUGACCUGCUCCCCGGCAGUCUGCACGAUGAAGUUCUGACCCCAGCGGAGCAGAUGCGCAGAGCUUCGCGAGCAGAUCAGGAAAGUAUGGGCGUGGCCAUCCCAAGUGGCCAUUCGAGCAAGGUUGGCUCGCCACCCACCGCUGGCAGCCCUUCCCGAUUUAGCCACAUAUGGGCGGAACAGCGCGAAAAACGUACGGACUCUGGUGCGCCGCCUGGUGCGCCGCCUGGUGCACCACCUGGACUUGGCCACGUUGGCUCUCCGCUUCGAGAGUCCUGGAUGCCUGCUGAGCCCUCGGGUCCAAGAGGCUCACAGAUCUCAGGUAUCUCCCAGGCGAUGCAGCGCAUGCACCUCAGUAGAGCCGAAUCAAACGAAUCAAAUCCUACAAAGCCACAAUCGACUGGCCUGCGACAUUCGUCAAAUCCCCUCGCCCGAAUCGACCGCACCAUCUCGAGUCCUAGCUUGCCCCCACGAAAAAUUGACGAAGAAGGCGAGGGCGUUUUCUUCCCUAUGGACGACGACAAACGCUCAAGCUCUAUCUGGUCGAGUGCUUCUCCUCGGCUGGCCCCGUUGCGUGAGAAGCCCAACGGUGAGAUCUCAAGAUCAAAGAAUGACGACGUUGGCCCGGGCGCGAGCGGAAUGUCUUCGCUCUACGGCUUCCGGCCAUGA